GUUUGUUAAGUCGGAAGCAAUCCGCUAUGGAUUUUGAGCCAAAAGAAAUGGCGAAUGGUGAAACUUUGCUGGCGGAAGUAAGCAAAAAUGGGUCCACUCAAUCGUUCGACCUGGUUUUACGUGGCAAUAAAAUAAGUGACCUUAUAGAGGACCUGAAAGCUGUGAAAGAGCAAACCAACGAGUUGUUGACAAAGUUCGUAGAUGAACACUCGAAGCAAAGUGUUGUACGAAAAGCCGUGAAUGACCCUGCCGAUGACGAUGAUGAAAGUGAUGAACCGGAGGAAAAAGAUUCUACCGAAGCGAAACGUCUCAAAUCGUAAUCGGAAUCGUUUCGAGGAACUGAACAACUGGCAAACGUGAUUGGUGCGCAUAUUCGAACGGCAAAAUAAGGUUAUAAGGCGUUGCUAGGAUAGCAUACAAUUGCUAAACGAUAACAAAAGAACUUCACUGUCGGAGUACGGCGUCUUUGCAAUUGUCUAUUGUCUAAUUGUCUGGUCUAUGGAAAUAAAUCAUACUGCAAGCUCGUUGCAGUUUUGUUUCUGAAAUGUGUGAUCUUUCGAUGCCGAAUUUUCACUCAACGGAAUCGUCCGAAAGUGAAGAUGUUAGCGAGACAACUACACGAGCUUCUACGGCGGAGUCGCACAGCCACUUCGAGGGACCGAAGGCGAUGUUCAACGAGAUGGAAAGUGCUAUGAUCAAUAUCAUAAUUGAGGAGGCCACGUACAAACUGAUUGUCAUCAAUCGCGAUGGCGACAAAACGAGUGCCCCGAUCGUCCGGAAACCGCCAAUGCACGUACGCUUCGAUCCCUCGUACAAAAAUCAGCUGCUGAGCGAAAACAUGGUCGUCGAUUUGGCGAUGGGGAAAAUGAUUCUAGUUAAGUUGCAGAACGAUAUCUCAAAUUUAAGGAAGCUGCUCUCGGAUACCCAUUCGGAAAUGGCGGAAUUCGGUACCUUCGAGACGUUGCAAACGUUCAUGGAUAACGAUAUCCAAAGCGAGCAGGAGGAGCUAAUUCUCAUUCGCGAUAGUAUACUGAACGAUAAGAAGCUGAAACACCUGCAGACCCAACUGGAAGGCGUCAAUCGGGAGUGUAAGAACGUGCUGAAGCACCUUGAUGAUGAGAUAUUCGAUCUCGAAACGAAGGUUAAGGAUGCCCGCAUCGAGAACGACGUCAAAAGCAAGCUCGUCCAUCAGUGGGAACGUACCCGGCAUGAGCAGGCCCGUAUCAUCAUACAGGGCAAGGAAAAUGAACUGCUCCAAACGUCGGAGCAAACGAAGGCUAACAUCGAGCGCGAGUUGCGGUUGAAGAGUGAAAUCGACGUGUACAUUAACUACUGCAUCGAUCAGAUCAGCGAAAAGAUCGCAUUCUGGGCCGACAAGUAUCAGCGCGAAAUCAAAGCGCUGGACGCGCAGAUCGCCGAGCACAAGGACAAGAUCGUCAAUCUGAAGGUACAGUUCGAGGAGAUGACAAUUCUGUUUAAACAUCGGGAGAAGGAUUUGAAAAUCUGUGCGGAAUUCAUGAAGGAACGGGAGCAGCAGCUCGCGAUCGCCAACAAGCAGAUGCGCUCAGCGAUUAAAAUUCAGGCUUGGUGGCGAGGCACGAUGGUCCGCAAAGGGUUGGGUCAGUUCAAGCGGAAGAAAAAGCAAAAACCACAGAAAGCCCCGAAAAAGGGUAAGAAAGCAAAAUAAUUUGCCUGCCUUUCUUUUGGUUGCUCGUGUAAGGCACUUGGAUCACAUCCUUGAGUCUUAUUUUGUUGCAUAUGGCAUUCUGGCUCGUAGUGUCUAGUUUUGCUAAGUGAUCGGCCUUUUCAUUGCCAGGAAUACCGAUAUGACUUGGGAUCGAUUGAAUUUUCGCGUAGAAUUCCAAGCAAGUGUGAGUGAUGUUGCUUAUGAUCAUAAGCUCGAGUUCGUCCAUGAAGAGAUCUUCACUAGCUUCCAGAAGUAUAUGACAAGAAGACAGACUAUCAGUGCAAAUGAUACGCCCCUUAAGGCUUCUUAGCUUGGAAUCUCGGAAGCAAUUGCCAUCAAGGUAUUUAUCGGUGUGGUUUUGGAGCAACCUGUGACCUUUCUUAGGGAUUGGUUAAUUACGGUGUUGACAGAUGCGAUUUUAUUCUUGUUUGCUCUACUGGUGCAGGCGAUGCCAUAUUCUAGGGUGCCUCCAAUAAGUGCUCUGUGAAGUCGCAAGGCUUUUUCCGGAUGGAUCGAAUGAUUUUUAUUGCUUAGGCACUUUAUGAUGUUCAGUCGCUUACUUGCUUUUUGCUUAAG